AUGUCACCUGGUAGGAUAUUAAAACCAAGGUGAGAUCGUGUUGAAAAAUAUUUUCUUUUACUGUACAGUAACUCAUAGAGCACUGUUGAGUUCAAGAGAAAUCCCUUUGCUGGAGAAACGUUAAUGCAGGCUGCCAAAGGGGAGAGAUUUUUCCACAGUUCACUGUUAGUGUAAGCCUUCACUACCACAAGACACGCUGUCCUGGAAUGAACAGCCCUUUUAAUGAGAGCUGAAGUUCAGCGUUUCAUACCUCUGCUAAAAAGACAAUCAAGUUAGAAAAGAGAAGCUUUGAUACUCCUACCCUUGGCUUAAUUUCUUUUUAACACAAGCACUAAUUGGGUUUAAACAAACCAGGGUAGCACAUAAUAGAUUUAACAGACUUUAUUUCAGUGAGAUGAGACCAAAUUUGGUGUAUUCAGAAAACACAGGCUCCCUGCUUUUAUGAGGUAAUUAUGACUUAGUGUUUACUGUCUCCCUGAUGAGGCUGUGGGCUGCUUUUAAAGUGGCUCUGGGAUGAAUCUCAGAAAUACAAUUUACAGUCAGUCCUUUUUGGCAUGUAAAACACAGGGGGGGGGCAUCUAUCUAUCUAUCAUCUAUCUAUCAUCUAUCUCUCUAUCUAUCUAUCUAUCUAUCUAUCAUCUAUCACUAUCUCCCCAGCAAUUUUUCUUCUGCUUUUCUUCACUCUUGCUUUUCUCCAAAACAGCGCUGAUCAUUUUCUUUCUCCUAUAGAAAACAUUUGCUGCCUCAUCAGGAACAGUUUUUUUUUCUUCUGAAGGCAAGAGUUGUGAGGAUGUGUGUAGAGGACAAUAUUUUCCCUUGCAGCAGAUACUCAAGAGUUUACAAGGGUAAAUUCCUCUUGCUUCCAUUUAGAAGCAGCCAUCAGCUGAUAAAAGUGUGAAGGUUGGGUCCUUUGGCAGUAAACUCGCUGCUCCCUUUCAUUCAGUUCCAGCUUCCAUUGGAACGAAGUAUCUGGCUAGAUGUCUUGGAAUGUCUUCACAGUUGCUGCAGCAAUGA